UUUCGAAGCAAAAACAUGUACCUGAUCAAGAGACCUCGAUAUAUACAAAGUAACAUCUUCACAUUCAAGCAUCAAACACUCAAAAGAAGAACAAAUAGCAGAAACAGAGAAGUUGAUAGAUAGAAUGAAGAGGUUUUUCUCAAACGCAUCCUUCAUUUUAUUAGCUACUCUCAUCUUAGCAAGUUGUAUUGAGUCUGAGGCUCAAAAGUGUCGGCCAAGUGGGAGAAUCAGAGGAAGGAAAGCACCUCCAGGACAAUGCAACCAAGAGAAUGAUUCAGACUGCUGCAUAGAAGGCAAACUUUACACCACAUAUGAAUGUUCACCACCUAUGUCCAGCCACACCAAGGCCUACCUCACUCUCAACAGUUUUCAGAAGGGUGGAGAUGGUGGUGGCCCUUCAGAAUGUGACAACCAGUACCAUUCUGAUGACACACCUGUGGUCGCACUGUCUACAGGCUGGUUCAACCACAGAAGCAGGUGUCUCCACAACAUCACCAUCAGUGCGAAUGGAAGAAGUGUGGUGGCCAUGGUGGUUGAUGAGUGUGACUCAACUGAGGGAUGUGAUGCAGACCAUGAUUAUCAACCUCCAUGUCCCAACAACAUUGUUGAUGCUUCUAAGGCUGUCUGGAAAGCAUUGGGAGUGCCCCAAAAUCAAUGGGGUGGCCUUGACAUUACAUGGUCGGAUGCUUGAUAUUAUAAGUGUAAUGUUUAAGUAAAUGUUUCUGUAUUGGAUAAGAUCUUUAGUUUUUAUUGUGUGUGUAUCAUGUAUCAUGUACAUGCUGUGAGAUGUGAGU